CUCGGCGCUGUCUCCUUGUCCCCAUCACGGCUCCCGCUCGGCCCCCCCGCGCCGCCAUGUCCGCGCCCGGCAGCGGCGGCGACUUCGGGAACCCGCUCAGGAAGUUCAAGCUCGUCUUCCUGGGCGAGCAGAGCGUUGGGAAGACCUCCCUGAUCACCAGGUUUAUGUAUGACAGUUUUGACAAUACUUACCAGGCAACCAUUGGAAUUGAUUUCCUGUCCAAAACAAUGUACCUGGAGGACCGCACGAUCAGGCUGCAGCUGUGGGACCAGGAGAGGUUCCUCAUUCCCAGCUCCAUCCGUGACUCUGCUGUGGCUCUCAUUGUCUUUGACAUCACAACAGGUCCGGCUGCAGCUCUGGGACACGGCGGGGCAGGAGCGGUUCCGCAGCCUCAUCCCCAGCUACAUCCGCGACUCCACCAUCGCCGUCGUGGUCUAUGACAUCACAAACUUGAAUUCUUUCCAGCAAACCUCCAAGUGGAUCGAUGACGUCAGGACAGAGCGAGGCAGUGAUGUCAUCAUCAUGUUGGUGGGGAACAAAACCGACCUGGCAGACAAGAGGCAAAUCACCACAGAGGAAGGGGAACAGAGAGCCAAAGAGCUGAAUGUGAUGUUCAUUGAGACCAGUGCAAAGACUGGCUACAAUGUCAAACAGCUUUUCCGCCGUGUGGCUGCUGCCUUACCUGGGAUGGACAGCACACCAGAGAAGAGCAAAGAAGACAUGAUUGACAUCAAACUAGAGAAGCCCCCCGAGCAGCCAGUCACGGAGAGUGGGUGCUCCUGCUAACAGCCCCUGCCAGCAGCACCUCCCUGGCCGGGCUCCUGGAGAACAUCCUGCUCAUUGCCACCCCUCUGGGGCUGGAAAACCAUUCCUCAAGAGAGAAUCCCUGUGUACUGGUGGGGAGCAGCCCCGGCCGCCCCUCUCACUGCAUGGUUUGAGCCCUGAGUGCAGAAUGAGUGUCCUGUCUUUUGAGUUUAUUUUUUUAUGUUGUUGCACUUUGGCACCACGGUGCCCUUCACACUCUCUCUCUCUUUCUCUCUCUCUCUUCCUCCCUUUCUCCCCCUGUUCCCACCUGGAGCCUCCCUGCUCAGAUGUAUCUUGUGAAUGCCAUGGAAAAGCUGCCGAGUUAGGGAAGACAAAAAUGAAGCUUUGGAGGGUGGGUUUUCCACCUUCCCUCCUGCCUUGCAUCCUCCCCCUGCCUUCUCCAGCCUCCUGUCCUGUAUCCCCACUUCCUCUGGUAAAAGGCUGCUCCUUAAACUUCAACCAGUCACUUGGACUUGCCUUUUUGGACUCUGCAGGUUCCCUGUUCCCAGGCUUUGCUUCCCACAGGGCACACACCCCAUGAGCUCCCUGGUUUCUCCUUUCUGUGGAUGAUCCUGGCUAACUCUUGCUCUCAACUUCCCAGUUUUGCCCCUUGAGUCACACAGGGCCCUGCAAAGCCCCAGACUCUGAGAGCUUUGGCCUUGUUGCUCCCAUUUGUGUGGCAGGGACAUCCCAGAGCCUGCUCCCCACGGCUGGAAUCUCCCCAUCCAGAGGAUGUUGGUGAGUGUUGGCUGCAGACGUGGGGGAGGAGGAGGGGACAGAGGCUUUGCAGCCCCAGGCUGGGUGGGGAGAGAUCCUCAGGGAUUCUGGAAGUAAACAGUGACCUGGAAUCCAUCACUGCAGGGGCAAUACCUGCCCUGGGAGUCAUGGAUGCUCCUCAGGCUCCUUCCCUGAUCUCCAUUCUCCUGUUCCUCAUCACGGGAGCUGCUUCCUGUGGAGCAGGAGAGCCACAGCAGAGGGAAGGGCAACAUUCCACUCUCAUUGCCAGGUUGCUGCUUGAUGGAAUCAUUCCCAUUGCCUCUGUCCUUGGAGCAGAGCUCUGGGGUGGGACCAGCAGCCAUUUCACUCCUGGGGGAGUUUUUACCUUUGCCAAAGCUGAGGGGAGCAGUGGCAGUGAGUUCUGUCACAGGGGGUGGAGGAUUAGAGGACUGGAUGCUGCUGAACGGAAUUCUGGUGUCACUCUCCAACCUUGGAGGUUGGGAACUGCCUCCUUUCCCCCAGCCUCUGGUUUGGAAUUAAUUCGUAGAGCUUUUCAGAGAUUUCCUGGGGGUUUGGAUCCACAAAAAGUUGGUUUGUCAGUUGGCAGAGAGGAGAAUUGCACUGUCCUUUCCCCACCUGGCCUGUGUGACACGGAGGAUGCUGUGGUAGGACAGUGACCACGGUGGGGGUGGUCAGUGACACACCCUCCCCUCCCCUGGCAGGGUGUCCCUCACUCCCUGACACCUGAGGAGGGGAAGGGACAGCCCUGGGCUGGCAGCACGUCACCAAGGUCCCCAGAGUCCCUUCCCCUUGGGGCAAGCUGGCUGCAGGAGGAAGCUGGGAUGUGAGUCCCCAUUGAUUCCCUGCCCCUCGGGAAGCUGCUCCCAUUCCCUGUACAUAGCCCAUAGUGGGAAUUGCUGGUGUCAGUGUCCGUGUCUGUAGAACAGGUGUUGCUGUCCCUCCUCACAGGCAGCUCUGCUGUCCCUUCGUGUUGUUCGAGUCACGGACCGGGGCGGGAGGGGGGUGACCCCAAUUAAGGGGUGGGGGGUAAUUAGUGGAAUCCCAUAGUUCCCUUCCCACUGUUUUUCUGGAUGUGUUCCUGCCGUGUGUCCGGCCCUGCUGUCUUGUAGCUGUAGCGAGUAAGUGUGACUGUAACUCUGAGUAAGGACUGUGUGACACAGCCACAGUGUAUCACUAAAUAAAUAAAGUUAUUUCACCAACA